GAGAGGGCGAACCUGUACCCGCUGAGUAACGCGCCGGGCGAGGGGCUGAGCCACGGCGGCCUGCGGCCCAACGGGCAGACGAAGCCGAUGCCGGCACUGAAGCUGGCGCUGGAGUACAUCGUGCCCUGUAUGAACAAGCACGGCAUCUGCGUGGUGGACGACUUCCUGGGCAAGGAGACCGGCCAGCAGAUCGGCGACGAGGUGCGCGCCCUGCACGACACGGGCAAGUUCACGGACGGGCAGCUGGUCAGCCAGAAGAGCGACUCGUCCAAGGACAUCCGAGGCGAUAAGAUCACCUGGAUCGAGGGCAAGGAGCCUGGCUGCGAAACCAUCGGGCUGCUCAUGAACAACAUGGACGACCUGAUCCGCCACUGUAACGGGAAGCUGGGCAACUACAAAAUCAAUAGCCGGACGAAAGCCAUG